UUCUGCCUUCCUCUGCUGGAGUGGGCGUCCUCAAAAGUACGGCUUCAGAACUUCUUUUUCAUCUCACAUAUGGAUUAACUUGGUGUUUCUUUUCAUGAAUAAAAAGCUUGCUAAACAAUGAAUGUACUGGAGCUUGUGAAGAUUUUCACCCUCACUCUUGUCCUGUCGUGCCCAAUUGGAUGCCAAAACAGAAGGAGGAAAGGUCAGAAAGAUGACCACCAAGUCACCACAUAUAAAGCCAAAACCUUGAUCUGCCCGGUGGAAAUCAUGUUCUUGGUGGACAGUACAGAGAAAGCCAAAGCUGCGCUGUUUGAGCAGCAGAAGGAGUUUGUCCUGCGCUUCAGCACCAAGCUUACGCAGCUUCACUCUGCAGGCUGGCGUGUACGUCUGCGCCUGGCUGCUUUGCAGUAUAGUAGUAAAGUCUCAGUAGAGCACAACUUCAGAGACUGGCAGGACCUGGAUGUCUUCCAGAGUCGGGUGGCCUCAAUGACUUUUAUAGGCCAUGGCUCCUACUCUGCCUAUGCCAUCACCAAUGCUACAAAGGUAUUCAAGCAAGAAACGACCUCCAGCAGUCUCAGGGUGGCGCUGUUGAUGACAGAGGGAAAUGACCACCCACACAGCCCCAGUGCCGUGACAGCGGCUGCAGAGGCCAAACAGCACAACAUCAGGGUGUUCACCAUCAGGCUGUCCGCACUGCCCAAACCAGGUGCCAUGGAUACAAGGCUGCGAACCAUUGCCAGUGCCCCUCCACAGCAGCAUCUGCUCAGUCUCACUGACAGCCAGCUCCAUGACAAACUCUUCAGUGAAAUAAAUACAGUUGUUACGACAGGGUGCCCACAGCCAAAGGAUUGUAUGUGUGAGAGGGGAGAGAAGGGUCACCCUGGAAGUCCAGGGAAACCGGGAAAGACGGGGUUGGAUGGUGCCCCAGGUCCAAAGGGAUCUCAGGGUGAACCUGGUACAAAUGGCCAUCCAGGAGCAGAGGGCCGUCAGGGGAGGCCUGGCAGCAAAGGUCAAAAGGGAGAACGAGGUGAAUUUGGAGCGUUUGGGGCAAAAGGAGAAAAAGGUGUGGCUGGACCUUCUGGCCCAACAGGACCUAAAGGGGAACAGGGAGCCAGAGGAGCACCAGGAGACCUGGGUGUGGAAGGACGGUCUGGGCUUAAAGGUGAUCGGGGAUCAAGUGGUGCACCUGGACCGCCAGGAGAAAAUGGUGUUGGCUUCCCCGGUCCCAAGGGUGACAAGGGGAAUCAAGGAAGAUCCGGUCCAGCUGGACCAAUGGGUUCAGGUGAACCAGGAACUCAGGGUCCACCAGGGCCUUCGGGAAUACAAGGUCCACCUGGGUUUCCAGGUGAGGGUCUAGUGGGACCAAAGGGGGAUAGGGGGCAUGAGGGUCCCAAAGGCAGUCGUGGACCUCCUGGACUUGGGCUUAAAGGUGAUAAGGGAAACACAGGUGCACCUGGGCUAACUGGUUUGAUUGGAGUUCCAGGUGCAGGGGCCCAAGGAGAAAAGGGGGACCAAGGACCUAUUGGCCCCUCUGGUCCUAGAGGACCUCCAGGACUGGUGAUAGCUGGACCAAAGGGUGACCAAGGUUUUCCUGGAGAGCCAGGUCCUCAAGGAGAAAGGGGUACAGGUGAACCAGGGUCCAAGGGUGAGACAGGACCUGAUGGGGCUCCUGGGAUACCUGGCAUUCCGGGUGAAGAUGGAACUGUUGGGCCCAAGGGAGAGAUGGGUUUACCUGGACCGCGAGGCCCAGAGGGAGCACCAGGAAGAGGCACAUCUGGAGAAAAGGGAGAUAGAGGUGACCAGGGUUCCAGGGGACUCUCAGGCUCUUCAGGCCCAGUUGGACCUUCUGGUGCCAAGGGAGAGCCUGGCAGCCCAGGAAUGACCGGCCCACCUGGACCUCCUGGACAAGGCUAUCCAGGAAAAAAGGGAGAUCCUGGGCCUGAGGGACCAUCUGGACCAGUUGGAGAGCCUGGACUGGGAAUAAUUGGACCCAAAGGAAGCAAGGGAAGUGUUGGACCUGUUGGGUCACAGGGGGCAAAGGGAGACUCUUUGACUGGACCACAGGGUCUGCAAGGUUUGCCAGGACUACAAGGAGAAAAGGGACCUGAAGGGAAAGGACUACCAGGAGCAAAGGGUGAUAGAGGCUCACCAGGUUUACCAGGACCAUCGGGCCCUCCUGGAACUGGACUUAAUGGACCAAAGGGUUCUACAGGACAGCCUGGACGACCUGGCAUGCCUGGACUUCCAGGAGAAGGACUACCAGGACCAAAGGGAGAGCCUGGAUUUCCAGGGCCAAUGGGGCCAAGAGGGCUUCCGGGGGAAGGUCUUUCAGGAGAGAAGGGUAAUCAAGGAUCUCCUGGACACAGGGGGAAAAAGGGAGACACAGGGGAUUUAGGACCACCUGGCUCCCCUGACCUAUGGUAUGGCUGACAUGGGAGGCCUGGAGGAAAAGGAGAGCCAGGACUUACGAGAGACGAGGUCAUCCAGAUCAUAAAGGAAAUAUUUGGAUGUCGUGUCAUGUGCAGAGGGAGUCGACUGGAACUUGGAUUUGUGAUUGACAGCUCUGAGAGUGUGGGGCCAGAGAACUUUGAGGUGGUGAAAGACUUUGUGAACACAGUUAUUGACCAGUUCACAGUCAGCCAGGAAGCCAGCCGUAUUGCUGUGGUGCUCUAUAGCCAUUUGAACUCAGUGGUGGUCAGUCUGCAGCACCAGCCCAGCCAGGAGGAAAUCAAGGCUGCUGUCAGAGCCAUGCCCUACAUGGGCAAGGGCACCUUCACCCGGCAGCGCUAUCUAUCAAGCUAA